AUGAUUGGCAGUUCUGUUAGCCGUCGAACGGAGGAAGUCUUCUACGUUCUUCUCAUCGUGGUAUUUGUCGUAGCGAAGGCCGGAGUCCUUGGACAGGAUGCUGCGGAAAACGACGACGACGGAGAUGAUGUGGCGGAGUCAACUUCCCCUGGCAGACCACGCGUCGUCGGCGGAACCGGCGUAGCCAUCGGGGAGCUUCCGUUCAUCUGCUCCGUCCGCCAGCGGCAACCGGCCGGGUCCUGGAGCUCGUGGACGCAUCUGUGCGGCAGUACGAUUGUGAACGAAAAUUGGCUGCUUACUUCCGCUCACUGCGUCGCCCCGCCCCUGCCCAAGGAGAGCUUGCUGAUUGUUUGUGGUGUUCGACAGGCCAGAACCGUCGCCGGGAUUGAGCCAAGUCCGGAGUACGUUGACGGACAGCGGGGAAGCGAUUUGGCACUGAUACUGCUGAAGAAGCCGUUGGUGUUCACCGGAAACGUGCAACCGAUACCGAUUUUUGAUCAACGAAUCCUGCCUACCAGUGUGGCCACCAUCGUUGGCUAUGGCGUUUCCUCGUACGGAAAGGACGGUUGGCAGCCUAAUGGAUUAGAGGCAGCCACCGUCCCGAUUCUCUCGAUGAAAGCCUGCAUCCGGCGGUUGGGUGCCACCCUAGCCACCUACCUCACCAGCGACACAAUCUGCACCGACGUCGCAGGACCAACGGGUGCCGCCGGGACCUGCGUAGGCGACUCCGGCGGUCCCGUCAUAAUCGGCACCGAGCUGCAUCCCUUCAACCUGCUGGCCAUCCCAGCGUGGACGGUCACGCCGUGCGGAAGUGGCCCCUCGAUGCACACACUCGUUUCCGCCCACAUUGAGUGGAUUCUUUCCGUUAUCGUUCCGAAUCUGAAAUAAACUCUCGUCAUCCCGUUCAUGGUUGAUAACGAAACACCCUGAAACCACACAAAUAUUUCGCUCAUUAAUUUGGGGAAGGGAAAAUUGAAAAAA